AAGGGGAAGAGAGCUGGGAUUUCACAAUAACGGGUCUUACGGUCAGCAACCAGAGGAAGCCAGUCUUGGCUAAAAACCUUGCCUGUCUGUCAAUCUGUCAGUCCGUCUAGAGAAGAAGAACUCUGUUUUUCUAUGCGUGAAAAAUGUCAGAUGGUAAUAACAAAAAUCUCCAAAUGAUGCUUAUUUGCGCGAAAGUAAUGACAGUGUGAGGACUCAGUGAAGGGAGAUUCAUGCGCCAAAAUGCAGAUUUUUCCCCUUUUGAUGUUCGUUUUGUGUGCCGAACCAGUCCGCUGUAUUUUUGAAGGAACCUGCCCAAGAAAAGAGCCUCCACCUGGUGUGCUGGUUUUGUCCCCAGGCAGUAAGCUGGUUCUAACCUGCAGUGGUCAUGUGAAGGUGGACGGCGUAAAGGUCAGCAUGUCCAGAAACAGCUCAAACGUCAUCAGAAGAACAAAUUCUUCAGAUGAAAACCCAAUCACUGUAAACAUAUCAAAUGACACUGGAGUUGUGAUGAAAAGUGAGAAGCAGACAACAAAGAAUGCUGUAAAUGAAGGGAACCCCACUGAGGCAGAAGAAAACAAAGUCAUCACACAUGCCAACACAGGAUACACAGUUUCUCCCACCACUCACAAUGUCCAGAAAAGCAGAGUGAGCUGGCUCCUAAAGAGUGAAUUGAACUUGGAUGCUGAAGAGGUGGAAGGCAGGGGGGGGUUUGAGGAAGAGGAGGACGAGGAAGGGAGCAGGGUGACAAGGGGCAUUAAACGAAUGCAUCAUUGGAAGUGGAACGGGAAGACAGUGGGGAAAGGACACAGAGACUGGAGAGAAGUGACAUUGGAUGGGAGAGGGGAGACGCUGUCUCUGUCCUCAGCAAAAGUGACAGACUCCGGAAAGUAUGCUUGUUAUUACAAAAGCACACAGAUGUUCUCCUUAAGAGUUACCGUCGCAGAUCCUCCAGAGACUCCCAGCCUGUCCUGCUACAAAAGGUCACCCAGCAGUAAGAUUCGCUGUGAGUGGACUCCUCAGAAGGUCAUCACUGUAACACCUGACUGCUAUCUGUUUCUAAGUAAAAAAUUAGGCAGAAAUUCAGAGCCUUUUCAUCGUUUACAGUGCUCGUACUCACUUCGACUCUCGCGCUGUUGGUGCGCUCUGGACUUCAACGAGGACCAGCCGAGAACCCUUCAUAGGGCCUACCUGUGUGUUACAAGCAUUGCAGGCAACGCCACCAGCAGCCUCCAGCACUUCAGACCUCUGAGCAUCUUGAAGCCUGACCCUCCAUCGCAUGUGUCGGUACGACAGGAAGUGGGAAAGGAGAGAGGGUUGAAGGUCACAUGGAGUUUCCCGAGGUCCUGGAAGUCUCAAGACAACUUUUAUGAACUCAUCUAUGAGAUCAAAUACAGACCUCGCCAGUCUUCAUUUCAGAAUGAGCAGGUACAUGUAAUUAAAGAAGAUCGUUUCUACACCAUCACUGAUGCAAUGCCUGGUGUUGAGUACCUGAUACAGCUCCGAACUACCGAGGAAUUUGAUGGUCUGUGGAGUGACUGGAGUACACCUGUCAAUGCCAGCAGUUGGACAGCACCGUCAGUGCCACCUCUUACUAGUACAACGUUUCCACUGUACUCAGAAGGCUCUGGUGACGAAGAAGAGAUGAUAUAUGUUAUUGAGCCUGUGUUCACUGGAUCAGAACUGUCCAGUUCCAUCUUGUGGAUCUCUGGUUCAUUUGUUCUGGUGUCAAUCGUUUUGGCUGCCUACAUAUUCAGAUACAAGGACAGAUUUGUGUCUAAACUGCAGAGCGUUGUUACAAAAUGUGGUGACUCACCUCAGCCUCAGCACUCCGUCCAAUCUGCUCCAGAAGUAAAGGCUCUGGUGACCUUUGCCCCUCCGGGUUACAAAGAACCCCAAUCAAGUGAAAUGGGUGAAGACGAAGACGAAGACGAAGAUGAUGAGGAAGAAGAGCAGGUGAAAGAGCGGAUGGAAAGCCUGCACUUCAACAACACAAGUUACUUCUUUCUCCAGACGUAGUAAUGAUUAGACAGAAAGGACAACACUGCCGUGUUUUUAAUUCAUAACCAGUUGAUCAGAUGACUAAAAAGAAUAUCCACUUUUUUUUCUGCUGGAAGCAAACUCAAGACUAUUUUAUCUCCUGUCUAUCUCUCUGUACCUUAUGCUAUAUAUACGUUUUUGUUGUUGUGAAGUAACUUGUCUUUUAGUAAAUAUAUUAUGUCUGUGCCAGUGAGAAGUGUAUUGAUACUGUAGGCUAGAUGUAGGCCAAAUUAUAGGUCUACAUCUAAAUACCACCUCAUGUUCUGUUUGUAUAUACUGUAACUUUGUAAAUUUUUAUCAAAUAUGUCAGUCACACCCUGCUGUUUACUUAUUCGUUUAAGGUCCGAAAAUAAUUUUGCUGUUACAAUCACUGA